GUUCUGUAUAAAAGCCAUUUCAACCACAGAUGCUCAGGCAUCAUCACUCACUGGCUGCAAUGGAAAUGUCUUCAUUCUUCUUUCUGUGCCUUGUGGCAGCUUGUUCAGUCCGUGCUGUCCAUGGACGAACCUUAGAGGUCAGCAUUGAUGAUGAGGAGGACCUGGACGUGGAAGUCUCAAUGGAUGCAAGUGGGCUUCCAGGAAAGUGCUGGGCUUGCAAGUGGAUUUUAAACAAGGUGAAGAAAUUAGCCGGACCAAACGCCACCGCAGAGAGCCUGUCGUCAAAGUUGAGCUCCAUCUGCGAUGAAAUCGGACUCUUAAAGUCAGUGUGCCGCAAAUUUGUGAAGGUGCACCUUGGAGAAUUAAUCGAGGAACUCACGACCACUGAUGAUGUGAGGACAAUCUGUGUGAACAUGGGAGCAUGCAAGCCAAAGGAGGUGGACCUGUUCUUUUAUCCAACGAAGGGAGACUCACGCAUUGAAAUUAAGGAGUUUCACUGAAAUGACAUGCAU